CCUACCGCCUGCCGUAAUAUAUAAAAGGUAUAAGGUAAUGUACCUAACCUAACCUAGUACAUCAGCUAGUGGAGACUUCUAGUGGAGACUGCUAGCACAGUUGAGGCUGAUUCUGCCACGCCUCGCCUCCCCCGACUUCGUCAUUCAUUCCGCCAUGAAAUUGAGACCUCUAAUCCGAAAAUAACCACCACAACCAAUUUCAAACGCCGCUUUUCGUCUUCUUGGAAGCCAUCCAGUUGCCGUAUCUUUGGGUUUUCGGGAUUUUCUCAAUAAACCUCAUCUUCUACAGAAUGGACGAACCUACAGAGCUUGUCAAUUCAUUACCUCUGCAGUCCAUCAACGUCCUUAUCUCGCUCCCGUCUCUGAAUUCACAAUUAAUUAAUCAAUCAUCGGAAUCUACACCCCACCUCUUUAUGUGAUAGCCUCGUCCCCUUCUAACAAUGGCUCUUGACAUUACACAUGAUCAAGACCUUCGUGUGUCGGGAACGCCUCCUAUCAUGAAAACAACUCCUCAACGACCUGGGCCUAUUGGCUCGCGAGUCGUCAAGAAAUGGUCAUCACCUCAGCUUGGGGAUGGCCUUUGCGAUGUCUUCUCAGUUACAGAUGAUUCUCUUGUUUGGACGGAAUAUACUCCCAGCCUUUCCAUCGGUCAUGAGACUGGUAGCUCUGUUUUCACUCCAUCAGAAAAGGCUUCUACUGUUAUAUCGUCUACGCCUGAUUCGAGCACUGGAUCCUUCGAUUUCGAUCUCCGAAUGGAUUCUAACGACUCCAUUAAAACACCCAAAUAUUUAGCCUCUAGCAUUGCGCGUUGCGAGUUGUCUCGAGCCACUUCAUAUACGCCCAGCGGAGUUGAGCCAGCAUCGCAUACGCCAUCUCCAGUGUCUCUGGAAGCGAGCACCAGCACGCUUACUAGCCCAUCCCCAAAACUACUACCGCUUUCACAAAUAUUCGACCCUGUGGGAUACUCACCUUAUGUCACACCUUCUAGGAUGCCCAAAGAGCAAACUACCAAGGACCCCUUCGUAACUGCGACGACUGUACAUGAGGUCGACUAUUUGGAUUUAUUGGACGCUCUUAAUGCACAACAGACGCCCCAUAAAAGAGGCCAGGUCAAUGUCAGCCAGCUACCCCAUAUACUCCAAUGCUUAAAACUGCCUCUGCCAAAUCCUUUAUAUCGCAAUGCUCAGUCGAUAUCUCCACCGCCGAUCGAAAUUAUGCGCGAACGCUUCUAUGCGAAGUUGAGGAGUUAUACUGAUAUGAACCAUACUAAUUCGUCCUCGAAAGCUGAGGCUGAUGUCCAUAUUUUUGUGGAUAUGUCCAAUAUCUUCAUUGGAUUCUGUGAGAGCUAUAAAAUCUCCAGGCAGAUCCCGCUUACUCGCAAGAUAAGCAUGCCUCCAUUUUCGUUUAAGACAUUGGCACUUGUGAUGGAACGAGCAAGGAAUGUGCAGAAGAGAGUGCUAGCCGGGUCCAUAUACGGUGUAGCAAACAACAAUCCCCAAACGUCUUGGCCGCCUUACUUUCUAGAGGCAGAACAGUUGAACUAUAAGAUGAACGUUUUUAGUCGUGUUCGGAAGCGCAAGGUCUCACCAAACAAGUCAAAGGGAAGGGGAAGGACACCGACCGAACGCCCCGAUGAAGCAGGCGAGAUUUCAGAAGAUGUCACGUACGAAGUGAGAAAUGGAGAGCAGGGCGUAGACGAGAAUCUCCAUCUGAAUAUGAUGGACAGUAUGUGGGACAACAUGUCACGCCCUGGCACGAUGGUGUUGGCCACCGGAGAUGCAGCGGAAGCUGAGUUUUCUGGAGGGUUCUUAGAGUACGCCAUUCGCGCCCUCGAAAAGGGAUGGAAACUUGAGCUGGUAACAUGGAAGCGACCUCUCUCAUCCGCUUGGACCGACCCAAAAUUCUUGAAGAAGUAUAAGAACCAGUUCAGCAUCAUCUUCCUAGACGAUUUUCUAGAAGAGUUACAGACCGGCCUUCUCGCAUAGGGUAUCGUCGCAUUUACAUCUGGUUAGGAAACCACUCCUAGCAUGUUCUUGGAGAGACUUUCGGCUCUCUAUUGCGUUCAGCUACUAUCUUUCGCUGCCUACCUGUAUUGCGGUCAUCUCAAAAUACCUUUUUUCUUUUCUCUUUUCACUUAUAGUGCAUAUAUGCAUCUAACAAGCAGCAUUCGGCGUACCACGGUCAUUCGAUUCACUA